GCGUGGGCUUGGCGGGCCGUGCACUCGGAGCAGCCUGCUGGCCCCGCCGCGGCCGAGCAAUGAGGAGUACACCCUCCGGGCCAGCGGCUGCGGAGGGUGUACUGGGUACCCCAGCAGUGACAGCCCACCGGCGCUGCGUUGGAUUUCUCGCUGGGCCUUAGCUGCCUUCCCUCGGGGCAGGGCUCGGGACCUGCAGCCCGCCAUGCCUGAGCCUCCCACCCCCUCCGUUGGCUCCUGUGCGGCCCGAGCCUCCCCGAUGAGCGCCGCCCCCUGCUCCAGGGCGCCCAGUCCCAUCGACCACCCAAGGGCUGAGGAGUGCGGGCGCGCGGCGCGGGACUGGCAGGCAGCUCCACCUGCAGCCCCGGUGAGGGAUCCACUGGGUGAAGCCAGCUGGGCUCCUGAGUCUGGUGAGGACAUGGAGAACCUUUAUGUCCAGUUCAAGUUGCAGUCCGUAGGCACUUGCUUUAACCGUGAAGAAUUACCUUCAGUACUUCAGUGGCCUUAGGGUGAGGAAUCGGGAGCCACCAGUGUGACAAAUAAACCUGGACUCUCAGCAAUGAGGAAAGAAACAGACCAACAAGUUGGGGAAAGAAAGCUCACAUACUGCGGUGACCAGGUAACUCUGUUCACAGACCAAGGUAAGAAACGUCGCAAGAGUGACAAAGUACUUCCUUGGUGGUUGGGAUACCUUGAAGGUUGAAAGCAUGUGAAUAAGAUGCACAAUUGAGUGAAAAGCUAGUGUUGAGUCUGCAUCUGUGGUUCCAUGGUCCCUUCAUAUGGCUUAUGGCAGUGCUCCUCUAAAGGAGUCUGGGUCAGGGGUUUAUACUGACCAACCAAUGCUAAGAGAGACCCAACGCCUGAGAGGGAAAUGGCCAGAGAAGAACGAAGCGAAGGAAGAAGAGUGCAAGAAACCUCCACCAGGGGGCGUUGAGCCUCUAGGAAAGGAAAGGUGAGAACUCUCCAGUAGGUAUGCUGAGCCUCACACAAACCUCCAGUAGUGGGGAAGGCAAUAAAUUUCCAGUAGGGGAAAUUGAGCUCUGACAUGCUUUCUUCUACUUGUUCUAGUCUAUUGUUGAAACUUUCUACUGCAUUUUGUAUUUUUCUAGGUGUAUCUUUCAUUUCCAGAAGUUGUGGUUGUUCUUUCUUUAUGGUAGCUAUCUCUCUACAAAAUUUUUAAUUCAAAUCCUAGAUUGUUUUUUGAAUUUCUUUAAUUGGUUUUCAACUUUCUCUUGUAUCUUCUUGAGUAGGUUAAUAAUCAACCUUCUUAAUUCUUUAUAUGGCACUUCAGAGAUUUUUAUCUUUGUUUGGAUCUAUUGCUGUGGAUCUAGUGUGAUUUUGUGGGGGAGGUAUAGAGCCCUGUUUUGUCAUGUAAAUGCCCUAAAUGCUCCACUUAAAAGAUGCAGAAUGGCAGAGUGAAUUAAAAAAAAAAAAAACAGUCAAAUAUCUGUUGUCAUCAAGAGAUUCAUCUAACACAUUAAGGAUUCAUAGAAACUUGAAGUAAAGGUGUGGAAAAAGAUAUUCCAUGCAAAUGGAAACCAACAGUGAACAGGAGCAGCUAUUCUUACAUCACACAAAACAGACUUUAAAGCAACAACAGUACAAAAAGACAAAGAAGGACAUUAUACAAUGAUAAAAUGAUUAGUUCAACAGGAAGAUAUUACAAUCCUAAAUUUAUAUGCACCUAACAUUGGAGUUCCCAGAUUUAGAAAAUAAUUGCUACAAGAUGUGUAAAAUUGAAUAGACAGCAACACAACAAUAGUGGGGGGGACUUCAAUACUCCACUGACAGCACGAGGCAGAUUAUUAAGAGAGAAAUUCAGCAAAGAAACAAUGGACUUAAACUAUACCUUAAAACAAAUAGACCUAACAAUUUUUUACAGAACAUUCUUCUGAACAACUGCAGAAUAAACAUUAUUUUCAUCAGCACAUGGAACAUUUUCCAAGAUGGAUCAUAUAAUAAGCCAAUGAGUCUCAUCUGAAUAAAUUUAAGAAAAUUGAAAUUAUAUCAAGUAUCUUCUCAGACUGUGAUGUUACAGUUGGUAGUUACUCAGGCAUGGGCAGGGAAGGAGAGGGUCCCAUCCCCAACAGGAAUGUUACAUGACCCUCAGGUGAUGGUCAUGGGGUUGUUAAGCUGUCUCUCUAAAAUAACAAUUGGUUGCAGCCAAGGCCAGAAAAAAGUAGUCUCCCAAUAGACAGAAAACUUGAAACUGAUGAGCAGCAGCUUCCCAAUAAGAUCAGAGUUGGGUGAGUGGGCUCAAGCAUGCAAAGUAAGAGCCAAAUUGGUGGAGUUUAACUGGUAUAUGACCUCUUUAAGGAACCCUUGACUGGUAAGGGAAGAACACUUUGAGUGAGAAUGCAUAGAACUUCAGUAAACACAUUCUGCAUGCAGCCCCUCCCAAAGUGUUAACAGGCCACUGCACAUGUGAACAGCCCAACCUAAGGGAAGAAUCAGGAGAGAAAGGAUACUAGACCCCAGAAUCAUGACAAUGUAUAAAACCCCAAGUCAAAGGUCAAACUGUGCACUUGAAUCCCUCAAGUCGCCUGCUUGGCCCUCUUCCAUAUGUACUUUAUUUCUUUUUGUUCCUGAUCUAAAGCUUUCUAAUAAACUUUCAUUCCUGCUCUAAAACCUGCUUCUGUCUCUCCCUCUGCCUUAUAGCCCUCAGUCAAAUACUAUCUUCUGAGGAGGGAAGAAUCAAGGUUAUGUAGACCCAUACAGAAUUGCCACUGCUAACACACUUUUGUACUGCAUGACUUGGAUACAUUCCCUAGUGCUAACAAGACCACAGUGGAAUUAAAAUUGAAAAUGAACUCCCAAAGGAAGCCUCAAAACUAUGCAAAUACAUGAAAAUUAAAUAAUCUGCUUUUGAAUGAUUCUUGGGUUAACAAUGAAAUCAAGAUGGAAAUUUUAAAAACUUUUGAAAUGAAUGAAAAUAGUGACAAAACAUAUUAAACCUCUGGGAUACAGCAAAAGUGGUGGUAAGAGGAAAGUUCAUAGAGUUAAAUGCCUACAUCAAAACAUCUAAAAGAGUGCAAACAGACAGCCUAAAUUCACACCUCAAGGAACUGAAGAAAUAAGAACACACUAAAGCCAAAGCAGGCAGAAGAAUAGAAAUAACAAAAAUCAG